AUGCGCAGGCCAGGCGCACGUGGGCAUGGGCUCUGUCUCCAGGCAGCCGCAGCCGUGGCUCUCCUGUGGCCACAGCUCACUCUGCUUAGUGGUGUCGGGGCGCGGCGGGAGUCCAAGAGGCUGCGCCCGUCCAGCCAGCGUACAGAGUCCCCCAACGCCACCGCGUCCAACAGCGAGGGCCUCCCAAGCUCCGCCAAGCCACUGGAGGCCUCAGGGCCUGAGUUCUCAGAUGCCCACAUGACAUGGUUGAACUUUGUCCGUCGGCCAGAUGACGGGGCUUCCAAGCGACGGUGCCGAUGCCAGGAUAAGAAGCUGCGAGGUCUCUUGGGGCCCCCAGGACCCCCAGGACCCCCUGGGCCCCCAGGCCCCCCUGGUGCAGAAGUUACCCCAGAAGCCCUGCUGCAAGAGUUUCAGGAGAUGCUAAGAGAGGCCACAGAGCGAAGGUUCUCUGCACUGCUGGACACAUGGCUGCCACAGGUGAGUGGCCAGCGACUGGUGGUCGAGGCCUUCCACUGCCGGCUGAAGGCUCCUGUGCUGGUAGACCAGAGGACCCUGGUGGAGCUACGGGGCUUCCAGGCUCCUGCUGUCCAGGGUGCCUUCCUGAGGGGGUCUGGACUGAGCCUGGCCUCUGGCCGAUUCACAGCCCCUGUCUCUGCCAUCUUCCAGUUCUCUGCCAGCCUUCAUGUGGACCACAGCGCACUGCAGGGCAGGGCCCGGCUGCGAGCCCGGGACACCGUGCGUGUCCUCAUCUGCAUAGAGUCCUUGUGCCAUCGCCACAUGUCCCUGGAGGCCAUCUCAGGCCUGGAGAGUAACAGCAGGGUCUUCACGGCACAGGUGCAAGGGCUGCUGCAGCUGCAGGCUGGACAGUACGCCUCUGUGUUUGUGGACAAUGGCUCUGGGGUGGCCCUCACCAUCCAGGGUGGUUCCAUCUUCUCUGGGUUGCUCCUGGGCACGUGAUGGCACCAUAGAGGAACCACCAGCCACCUCAGGGAGGAGGUGAAGAGGAUCCCCAAUAAUAAUACAGAGCUUGCAAUAAUAAAGAGCCCCCAGCCCUCCCUGU